AGAGCAGAGGACCUUUCUAAGGAUCCUUCGUGAGCUAGUCACUCAGACAGCUGUGCUUCAAAGCCUUCCAUUUUUUGAGACGCCACAACGAUCGCGACAAAACGGCAACAGCAAUAAUAAGAUACACUGCCACCGCACCCGUCAAUAAUCACCUCUCCACAACAUCAAUCGAACAGAUCGGCCAACCCAACCUACCAUCUACCCAAUAGUCUAGCUAGUAAUAUAGCAGAGAGAUGUCAGAUAACGAAGAAGACCUGUAUGAUGAGUUUGGCAACUACAUUGGACCGGACUUGGAAUCUUCCGAAGAGGAAGACGACGACGAGGAAGAAUCCGUGGUAGCAGAUCAAGCCAAGGGUGAUAAACCCGAUGAUGCAUCGGAUGUGUCGGACGAUAAUGAAGAAACCAAUGCUGUAGUGGUUCGAGAUGAUCAGCAGGAAGAAACGGCGGAUCCCAUGAGUGCCGUCGUCUUGCACGAAGAUAAGGAACAUUACCUAUCGGCCGAGCAAGUCUAUGGAGAAGAUGUCCGAACCACCGUCUUGGAUGAAGAUGCCAUGGAAAUUGAAACUCCCAUUGUAGAACCCGUCAAAACAAGGAGUGAUCGAGCCGAAACUGUGGUGGCAGAGCCAGAGGACUGGAUCUACACGGAAGAUUACUUGACAACGGUACUUUUAUCCAAUGAUACCACCAGAACCAGAAGAGGAAUUGCCUUGGUCGGACAUUUGCAUCAUGGAAAAACAUGUCUCAUUGACUUCUUAUUGGAACUCACGCUAAGAAAGCCAUGGGGACCAAGAGCAUCCCUAGAAGUCAACCAAGGAGGAGGUCCUCGCUAUCUCGACAUUCAUAAAAGUGAACAGGAACGACAAAUGAGUCUUGUCAGUACACCCAUAUCCACAUUGCUCCCAGAUACACGAGGAAAAACUUACUGCUUCACCAUGGUAGAUUGUCCUGGACAUCCCAAUUUUCAUGAUGAAACGGUCGCGGCGCUACGAAUUACAGACGGAGCCGUGGUCGUUGUCGAUGCCGUCGAGGGCAUCAUGAUGCACACCGAAAUGGCAGUCCGACAGGCCAUUGCCGAGGGAUUGCCCAUUGUAAUGGUCAUCUCCAAACUGGAUAGACUCAUUGUCGAAGCCAAACUGCCACCCAGAGAUGCAUAUUUUAAACUGCUCUACUUGGUGGAGGAAAUGAACGAUCUCAUUCAAGAAGUUUCCAUGAAACGAUAUCCCAAAUUGGCGCCCGGGCUGGGAAAUGUGGGAUUUGCUUCCGCGCUACAUGGUUUCUUCUUUACUCUGCCCUCCUUUGCAGCAACCUACUUGGACCAUGGUAAUGAUCACGGAUUAGGCGACAAUUUGUCUGUGGAAGAAUUCGCACACCGGCUCUGGGGAGAUUGCUAUUUGGAUCCUUCCACACGCAGAUUUCACCGCGCAGCGCGAGAUUGCAAUGCCACCAACGUGGAACGAACAUUUGUCACGUAUAUUCUGGAACCAAUCUACAAGAUUUACUCGGCUUGUUUGGGUGGACGAGAGGCCGAUGUCAGCAAGCUUCUUCGAAGUGUGGGAGUGCUCUUGUCGAAAGAUGAAUUACGGGCCAGUGGCCGUCCCUUGCUGCGGUCGGCGCUUUCGCAGUUUCUGCGAACGGCCAGUUGUGGAUUUGUCGACAUGAUUGCUCGUCACAUACCGUCGCCUGCAGCUGCCGCCAAUGGCAAGGUUGCGCGUUGCUAUACGGGGUCUACAGAUACCAGCAUUGCCAAGUCUAUGAUCCAGUGCGACCCCAGAGGGCCUCUCGUGGUACAUUGUACUAAAAUGUAUGCGUCGGCGGAUGGUCUAACUUUCUCCACCUUUGGAAGGAUCUAUUCUGGUACAAUCAAGCCUGGUGACAAAGUCAAAGUACUUGGUGAAGGAUAUUCCUCACAGGAUGAUGAGGACAUGGCAAUCGCUACUUGUGAAGCAGUGGCGAUUCCACGUGGCCGUCAUCGCUUAGAAGUGACUGUGGCCAAGGCUGGGAACUGGGUGCUGCUUCAUGGGGUCGACGCCAACAUUUCCAAAACGGCAACAAUCAUUGGUGCCGAAGCAGAUGCUGAGGAUAUGGAAAUUUUUGCACCAUUAAAGUUCCCACAGGCUGGUGGGGAAUCGGUCAUGAAGCUAGCCAUUGAGCCGCUUCUUCCAUCCAAUCUGCCCAAAAUGGUGGAGGGUCUUCGUCGCGUAUCGAAAGCUUACCCAAUGGUGAAGACGAGAGUGGAAGAGAGCGGGGAACAUGUUCUUCUAGGAACUGGCGAAUUGUACUUGGAUUGCGUCAUGCGCGACCUGAGGCAUCUUUACUCGGAGCUGGAAGUGAAGCUGUCAGAUCCUGCUGUGUCAUUGCGUGAAACUGUGGCCGAAACAAGUAGCAUCAAGUGUUUUGCCGAGACGGCGAACAAGAGGAACAAGCUUACACUGAUCGCGGAGCCUCUGGACGACGGGUUGGCGGAACGCCUGGAGACCGGGAAAGUGAAUCCGCUGUGGAACGCCAAGAAAACUAGUAGAUUCUAUCAAACACAAUACGAUUGGGAUCUAUUGUCAUCUCGCUCCGUUUGGGCGUUUGGAGACUCACCGACUCACGGUACAAACUUGUUGCUCGAUGAUACGUUACCGAGCGAAGUCAAUAAGGGACUUCUUACAUCGUGCAAAUCAAGUAUUGUUCAGGGCUUCCAGUGGGCGACAAGAGAAGGCCCACUCUGCGAGGAGCCAGUUCGUGCCACCAAACUAAAGAUCCUGGAUGCGGUGCUCGCCGACAAGCCUGUGCAUCGUGGUGGUGGGCAGGUGAUCCCAACAACCCGCAAGACCGUGCACUCAGCACUUCUGACGGCAACGCCAAGGCUCAUGGAACCAGUCUACCGAUUGCAGAUUCAGUGUCCGGGGGAAAUUGUGAACGCGAUAGAACCAGUCUUGACACGAAGGCGUGGACACAUUGUACGCGAAAUGCCUAUCCCUGGGUCGCUCUUCUCGCGUGUCACAGGUUUCCUCCCCUUGUUGGACAGUUUUGGUUUUGAAACUGACCUUCGAACGUUUUCCCAAGGCCAAGCGAUGGUGUUCUCGGUGUUUGACCACUGGGCAACAGUACCUGGCGAUCCUUUGGAUCGAAACAUCAUCCUUCAUCCCCUGGAGCCGAGCCCACCGAUGCACCUUGCACGAGAACUUUUGCUGAAAACAAGGCGGAGAAAAGGAUUAUCAGAGGACGUCUCAAUAACGAAGUUUUUUGACGAGGGAAUGAGAAUUCAAGCGGAUGGAGACUUGACGGAAGGUGCAGCUUCAUGAGAGCGAGAACGACUAAUUCGCAUAAUUGGCAGUUGCAAUGAUCGAGAAAACGCGGUACUAGUACGGCUGUGUUUGGGAAAACCAGAACUUCUGUAAAAGAAAAAUAGUGUCUCGCUAAUAGUUUAGUUAGAAAAACUGUCGUCUGUG